CUGUCCUACCCCCCUCUCCCGCUCCUCGUUCUCCCAUGUGCAAUACAGUGCAACAAUAUGUUGGGCAUGAUUAAGGAAUUAUUCCCUCUCCCCUUAUUGAUCUCCCCUUUAAGAAGCCUUUCGCUUCCAUACACCACUGUCAGUGUGUCCAGAUAAAACAGACCGCUCGUCAUCUUGUCUACUCGUAAGAGGGAAAUUUUGCUGAUGCAGUAAUGUCUGGAAAUGGUAUGGUUCGCUUUUGCCCCCUUAAUGUAUCUCCCGCCUGAGCUGAGCUGCAGCAUUACAAUUUCUCAUGCAGUACAAGCCAUUUACACCAAGGUGCCGCCGCACGAGCAUGAGCGCAGGGAGGACGUUGCGGCUUCAUGUUUUCUUUUAGCCUUUUCCCCCGCUUCUUGUAUUUUAUCCCUCGUUUAAAUUGAAUGUGAAGCUUUGUAAUACAUCUCAAAGCCAUAUUUCUGUCAUUAUAGCGUCGCGUGCGAAUGUCGUGAAUCAUUUCAUUUCAUUAUGGAUGUGACAUUUAUGGACGAACAUUUUGAAAUUGAGAAGAUGUGAAGAAGCUUUUACAAGGGCAUUUUCUACAACAAAAGGGAAUCGAGGGUGCAUUACUGACAGGAGACUGCCGGCAGAAGACGCAUUCCUUCAGUAGCGAGAGGCAGCCGUAGUGGAUGCAGCGGAAGGGAGCGAUGGUCGAAUCAGUGACAACCGCAGUGGGGCCACACUGAGGAAAGAUCAAGUCAUACCAUAUACCCGGGGAUCGAGAUAGAUUUAAGGGUCUGGAAUCGGAGCAAAGUAAGGAAAGCGACGCCUUGGGAGGGCAAUUGGAUGUCUACUCAAUUAAAUUAACUCCUGCGGAGCUCCAACUUUGACCUGCAGGAUGACAGUCGUGCCUGGGGACAACAUGGAUGAGACCUCUGCCGUGCCAGGACAUCCGCAGGACACGUACCCUCCUGACCAGGAUGAUCAUGAAUGCUGCGAACGGGUGGUCAUCAAUAUAGCUGGGCUGCGCUUCGAGACCCAGCUCAAAACUCUCUCCCAGUUUCCAGAGACUCUCUUAGGUAACCCAAAGAAGCGGAUGCGGUAUUUUGAUCCCUUGAGAAACGAGUACUUCUUUGACAGAAAUCGUCCGAGCUUUGAUGCCAUCCUCUACUACUAUCAGUCCGGUGGAAGACUGAGAAGGCCGGCAAACGUCCCAUUGGAUAUGUUCUCGGAAGAAAUUAAGUUCUAUGAACUUGGGGUCGAGGCGAUGGAGAAGUUUCGCGAAGACGAGGGCUUCAUCCGUGAGGAAGAGCGGCCCUUACCAGAGCGUGAGUUUCAACGGCAAAUCUGGCUUCUGUUCGAGCAUCCCGAGAGCUCGGGGCCGGCCAGAGGAAUUGCUAUCGUAUCUGUUAUGGUCAUUUUAAUUUCCAUCGUCAUUUUCUGUUUGGAGACUUUACCUGAACUGAAAGAGGACCCUGCAGGGCGGAUACAGACUAUAGGCAACACCACCUUCUACUACAAACCAAACAUCCUGACCGAUCCCUUCUUUAUUGUAGAGACCCUCUGUAUCAUCUGGUUUUCAUUUGAAUUGAUAGUCCGCUUCUUUGCUUGCCCGAGCAAAGCGGCUUUCUUUAAGAAUAUGAUGAACACCAUUGACAUCGUGGCCAUCAUCCCCUACUUCAUCACGUUGGGCACAGAGUUAGCGGACGAGCCGGACGGAAAGGAGGGAAAGGGCGAGCAGGCAACAUCACUGGCCAUCCUCAGGGUGAUCCGUCUGGUCAGGGUGUUCAGGAUCUUUAAACUAUCCAGGCACUCCAAAGGCCUUCAGAUUUUGGGGCAGACCCUCAAAGCCAGUAUGCGAGAGCUUGGAUUGCUUAUUUUCUUCCUCUUCAUUGGCGUCAUAUUGUUCUCCAGUGCUGUGUAUUUCGCAGAGGCCGAGGAAAAAGGGUCCUACUUCACCAGCAUCCCUGACGCGUUCUGGUGGGCGGUUGUGUCGAUGACUACCGUAGGCUACGGGGACAUGGUGCCAGUGACUAUAGGGGGCAAGAUCGUGGGUUCCCUGUGCGCCAUCGCCGGGGUGUUGACCAUCGCCCUCCCCGUGCCUGUCAUCGUGUCCAACUUCAACUAUUUCUACCAUAGAGAAACUGAAGGAGAGGAGCAGGCCCAACUCCUCAACGUGAGCAACCCGAACAUCGCCUCUGAUUCCAACUCCAGUCGUCGCAGCUCCUCGACCGUCAGCAAGUCCGAGUACAUGGAGAUAGACGGAGACAUAAACAACAGCAUCGACAACUUCAGAGAUGCCAACCUCAGAACUGGCAACUGCACUACCGCUAAUCAGAACUGUGUGAACAAAAGUAAGCUGCUAACCGAUGUCUAGAGACACAGUAGAAAUCUCAGUCAAGUACUGACUGGUCACAUAUGAAUGCUUACUUUACCUCCUCUCGUGAGCCCUUGCAAUGCGAAUAUCUUUACAAUGCAGACGAAAGAAAAAUACUACACCAAAACAUAUAGAACAUAACUGCAGCAAAUGAGGCAGAUGAUUCAGUAUAUACUUAGUCUAAUACAUUUCCAAAGAGGAUGAUUCAGAAAAAAGCCUCCACGAGCACCUAGCUAACGUCCACAGGCACUGAAGGACUCUCGACGAUGGGAUUACUAAAAAAAUCACGCAUGGACUGCAGACUACAUUUCAGCAAGCUGCACACUGCAUCCGGGAAAGUGCAUAAAAGACCAAGUGCAGUGUGCGGUGGACGCCUCCCUCGUCCGUAGGUGGUCUUCCCCAACUGACCAGCAAAGCACCUUAUAAUGAACAAGACUUAUCUUCUGCUGGGAUGCUACGGAGGCCAAGGUCAUCGCCUCAUUGACAUCCGCAUUGCUGCUAUUUUCCAGCAGAUGCUGUAAUUUAGAUAUCACCAAGUGAUUAAAUGCCAUGCCCUUUAGAUAUAAGACAGCACAAUGCCGAAAGAGGAGCCUCAUAGUUAGCAUGUUUAGAUUAUCCUCGUUUUGAUAUUGGCAUGCGUCGGACAUUACCUCAUGACGAUAGGACACCUGUUCCUGUUUUGCUUUUCUUUUGCAUUCGGUUCCAUCAGCUCCCCCUCUCCAUCAACCUCCUAAUUUGUCGCCAUGAAAAGUGCACUAGUGUGUCAUGAUUUGAGAUGCUUAUCAUUUAGGUGUAUUUAAAGACUGAAUGUUUAACCUUACGGGAAACAGAAUCUUAAUGAUAUCAUAGCAUGUCAAAAGAACCUGCAUUAUGGCCUACUCAACUAAGGUACUGUGUAUCCUAGUAUAUUUAAUGCAUGACAUCGGUAUAACAGCUUGUUGCAAUUGAGAUACCUCAUAAGGGUGUCGUUGUUACAAUCAGGGAAACUAGGGACGUCGAUUCCUUGACAUUUUCUGAAAUGUGACAAAAUAUAUAUGCAAGCCCCAACGCUGGGAUGCAAACUUUUCAACCUAAAAAGUAGUCAAAGACACAGAAAAAGAACUAUCAAGAUACUAUCAAAUGCAUAUACUCAUAAUAAGCGCACCUGUAAAAAAAAAAAAAAAAAAAAAGAUUAUAACUUAAAUAGUGCAGUGCAUGGGCAUUCUCUCUCUCUCUUUGAGAAAAAAAAAAGAAAACUAUGGGCAAUUAUACUUCACGCUUCCAUUUUGCGAUCAAAUUUAGGAUUUAUGAAAUCAAAAAUCGCUUAAUUUAUCUUAGCAGGAUGCAAAAGAGAACAUGGCAGAAUUACUCAUAUUAGUUGCUAGUGCCUUUGACCCUCUCAGCAACCGGACAGGUGAAAGUGCCUCAGAGUAACUGGAGUUUUGGGCAGGGCAAGGGAACAAUAUCUGCUCUAGAACUGUCAUAAUGUAUGUUGAGGCUGGUCAUUACAGUGUAUUUCGGAGUGCUUUUCAUUUUCGUUGUUGUUUUGCCAAAACGUGACACAUGGUUGUCAGGCACAAACUCAAACAUUUGUUUUCAUAUGACAGCUGAGCUUGAGUAUGAAAUCAGACACAUGACUUUCACAUGACGGGACCUUUUAGAGUUUUCGAUCUGCCUUUCGUUGUGGUUUUGAUUAUGUUGUGCCAUAAUAAAGAGUCUACCUCAGUGAGGUCGCCGCACAGCUCACUGCAGAGCAGAACAUGAGAUACAUAAGAGCCUGUGAAGUGUGAUGAUACGUCAGAAAUAAUACACUUAGUGUGCCCUAGAAUUAGCCUUUUUUCAAGCACUUACAACAAACGCAACAAUGCGACCGUCCCUGACCCCUCGUAUCUGUAACGCUCCAUUGCUAAGCACAAUCAACAUUCACUUUGGUUUCUGUUUUGCGAUUUAGUCCUUAUUUAAAAGAGAGAUCUGGGAAGAGACCACAGCACAGGUUUUCCUAAGACCACAGGGUACAGAGUAGAGUUUAAAGUUUGCAAAUUGCUAAAUCAUUUUAAAGCAUGUCCUCAAAAAGACAUGUCUACGUAAUGUUAAAAAGUCAUGUUUAUCCCAUUAGUAUAGCAACCUCAAAUUAAGACGGGAUAUUAAGCCUGCACCCUUCCGGGCCAUAUGCACACAGGUACUGUAAACGACCAAAUUUUAAUGCAGACUUAAUUGAUUUGUGGAGUGUACUGAUGAUGACUUAAACUUUAAUGUGAAAUCUUGUGUUCAUGCUAAUGAGGGCUAUUUCAGAGCAUAGAGCAAAAUGCGAAAUAUUCAAGUUUUUCCAUUUUCCUUGAUAAUUAAAAAGCGCUUUAAAAUGGCCACGAUUAAAUUAGUCUUUUUGGGUGUAAUUUCAUUUGACGAACACAAGCAAGUCUGCUAAAGCACUAGCAGCUCGUAAACAAGUUGCCUGAUCAUGUGACCUUUAUUGAUCCUUGAGGUGUGAUUGUAAUCAAAGGCAAACUGCAGUAUUUUACCAUUGGGCAGUUUCCUAUAACACUAACACGGGUUUAGUCACCUCUGCUGUAGCUCUGUGCCAGAAGGAAGUUUUCAGGGCUUUAUUUAUGUGUAUUUUGUUUAGGAUUCAUAACAUUGCUUCGGCGGAAACAAAAAUGGGCUUAGCAAACGUAA